AUGGCGAUGAAGCUACCCUUCUUCAUACUCCUCCUAAUAUCCAUUUCUGCAUCCUUUUCCUCAGCCUUACCCAACGACAUCAACUGGUGGUGCAAUAGAACUCCGAACCCGGAGCCAUGCAAGCAUUUCAUGAGCAGUAAAACCCACAAAUUCGGUUCCAUUUUGGGCAAGUCUGAUUUUCGGAAAGUGGCUUUGCAAUUAGCCAUGGAAAGGGCUCUGAAUGCAGAGACUCACACCAAAUGGCUCGGCCAGAAGUGUCGUAACGAGCGAGAAAGGGUUGCAUGGGCUGACUGUCUGACCCUCUACGAAAGCACCAUCUUGCAUCUAAACCAUACCCUAGACCCAACCACCAAGUGCACCGAUUUCGAUGCACAGACGUGGCUCAGCGCCGCCUUGACUAACCUCGAGACUUGUCGAGCUGGGUUCGUGGAGCUUAAUGCUUCAGACUACAUGUUGCCUCUAAUGUCUAAUAAUGUCACCAAGCUUAUUAGCAAUACUUUGGCUAUCAACAAUGGGUCUACGAGUUUGAAACAGGCUUAUAAAGAUGGGUUUCCGACUUGGGUUAAGCCCGGCGAUAGAAAGCUUUUGCAGACGACGGUUAGGGCGAACCUUGUGGUGGCUCAGGAUGGGUCUGGUGAUCAUAGGACGAUCAAGGCUGCCGUUGAUGCGGCGGCGAAGAGAAGUGGGAGUGGGAGGUUUGUAAUUUAUAUAAAGCGUGGUGUUUAUAGAGAGAAUAUAGAGAUUGGGAACAAAAUGAAGAAUAUAAUGCUGGUCGGAGAUGGAAUGAAGUACACCAUCAUCACCGGCAGCCGUAGUGUUGGAGGAGGCUCCACCACCUUUGAUUCCGGCACCGUUAUUGUAACGGGAUCUGGAUUCAUUGCCCGUGGCAUAACAUUCCGCAACACCGCCGGCCCUCAGAACCACCAAGCGGUGGCGCUACGGUCAAGCUCCGACUUAUCGGUCUUCUACCGAUGUGGCUUCGAAGGAUACCAAGACACUCUCUACGUUCACUCCCAACGCCAAUUCUACAAAGAAUGCUACAUCUACGGCACUGUCGACUUCAUCUUUGGCAACGCCGCGGUGGUUUUCCAAAACUGCAUGAUCUAUGGAAGACGACCCAUGGCUUCACAAAAGAUCACCAUCACAGCCCAAGGCCGAACCGAUCCCAACCAGAACACGGGGAUCUCGAUUCAAAAUUCUCGAAUCAUGGCUGCAUCUGACCUAAGACCGGUGUUGAGCUCAUUCAGAGCAUUCUUGGGCCGGCCAUGGAAGCAGUAUUCUCGAACGGUUUAUUUGAAAAACUAUCUGGAUAGUUUGGUAGACCCGGUCGGAUGGUUAGAAUGGGAUGGGAAUUUUGCUCUUAAGACUUUGUAUUAUGGAGAAUAUAGGAAUACUGGACCGGGUUCUUCAACCAGCCGGCGAGUGAAGUGGGGUGGUUAUCGGGUUAUCACCAAUUCCAAUGAGGCUUCUAGGUUCACGGUGGCGAAUUUCAUCGCCGGCCGGUCGUGGUUGCCCGGCACCGGUGUGCCAUUUACCGCUGGCCUUUAAAGUUUCUAAUUUGUGUAUUUCUUUUUCCUUUAUUUUACUGUAUUUUUUGUUAUAUUUUCUUUGAUUCAAUUAAUAAGAGUUGACUCGGAAUAAUUUUUUGAA